AUGCCCCCUCGCAUUCCGUCCGCAACUUCCCAGGCAGCAGCUGAAAGAGCUCGCGCGGAAGGCCGCGCGCGCCAGAUGUGCGGCGAAGGUCCUUUGACGGAUGUCGUAGACGCCGGGCUUCUAAAGGCGGAGUUGUCUCAGUUCUACGCGAAGCAGGAGGGAACCGAAGGCCCACCGCCGGGUCGAAUCGCUCUCAAUCGCACGAAGCAGGCGCUAGACUAUAUUUUUGUGGCUGCGGAGGGUGCUCGACGCAUCACCAAAGCCAUAACGCGAGCGCUCUGGGCUCUUUUGUUGGUUGAGAUGGUACGCAAGCAUAUUCUGUCAGCUCGAAUCGCCAUUUACCGUGAGCAGAAGUUUGCCAGGAAGCUUAACGACGUCUCCCUGGUCAGGCCUCUGGAAGCUUUCAUCCAAACUAUUACGAGCGGGGCGAGGCGAGAUAAUAGUUGGGAUAUCGGGAAGGUUCGCCACCUACUGGCAAGAGGAUGGCCGGAGGACCAGCCUGUUCGCAAGCUGAAGUCGAUUGAACUGGGCCCUCUGCACUGGUGGCGAGCUAUCAACGAGCUUGAACUCAAGAAGCCGUUCUUGCGCCAGAACAUCUACGACGCCGCGCGCACGCUUGCCACUCCUUUGUCGCCUACGCGCCCUCCGAGAGCCCCGUCGACGUCGCGUUCCGCAUCGGCGAGCAGUCGGCCCGCCCGCGAGGCAGCAGGCACAACAAACGCCGCUCUCCGAGGCACUGUCAUACUGGACGACGACCAGGGAGGGACAUACAACCCCGAGGACGCUGACAGACAGGACGCGCCGACGCAGGCGAGACCAUGGCGCUUCGGCGACAAUACGUCUGCGGAGUUUACCGUUCGUGUGUCUUCACCGGCGGCACGCACUGCGCCAUCGCCGCCACCGCCGCAGCCGCCACCGCCGGGUUCGUCAAGGCGCGCGCAGCCGUCCCCUUGGCUCGCACCCAGUGGCUUCACCGCGGAUCUCAAGUGGAAUAUUCUGGACUACAAUGCUCAUAAGGAGAUGUUGAAGAAGUGGCCGCGCAACCAGCACGCGCCCGAUAGUGCGGUUUGGGAGCACCCAAAUUCACACGGCUUGAGGGUUCUCGCAGAUGGCUUGCCGAAGACGUUCCAGGUACGCCCGCUCUUGCAUUUGGACUUGGAGACCGCGGCCGUAAACUCACACUCUCACUCUCACCAGACGCCGUGCGCCAACUGUCGAAAACGAUUCUAUAUUUGCAUUCCUCACGGAUCGAAGGCGUGUUUGCCCUGUUACUGGGAGAAGGGCAGCCAGGGCAAGUGCGAGGGUGGUGUGCCGCCUGAAGGUCCUGUCGAAAAGCCGGACUUCAAGAUUCGCGUCGCUUUCUUCAAGGAGCUCGACGCAGCUGGCGUGUAUCCCUUUCCCCAUCACUACGUACACGAGGACGGCCGUGCUCGUCACGGACCCGGAGCAGGAGGGGUAGGUAAGCCGCCUGGGUAUGCUCCCGCCCCGCGCUACAGCCCUCCUCGGCCCGAGGACGCCGCCACCAACGACAUUCAAGACAGAGCACCCCCUGUUUCCACACCGACCGCUCCAGCUCAAGAUGCUCCGUCUUCCCUUGGUGAUCCUAUAUCGCACGCCCCUGAUACUCAAGGACCUGCACCCCUUAGCGAUCCUCCCCCCGCCGCUACGCCAGCAACUGUGCCAAAGGUUGCUGCCCAGGAGGCGCCCGAGGUCGCAAAUGAAAUGCAAGACGCUGCGCCGCAGGCUCCAGCGGGCGCGGGCAUUGGCAACGGCUCUGACGGCAACGUCGUCCGCAAAGACGUCGCCAUGACCGAUGUUGAGAGCGCGCCCAAGGGCAAACGGAAGCGCCAUCACGCGUCGACCGCGGGUGAGAAUGAACUUCCACCCCCGCGAUCUGACGCGGCGGCGGCUGAGGCUGCCCCUCCUCGCAAGCGCAAGCGCCGCGACGCCGCUCACGCAGUUCCCAAGGCCGUGUCUGGUGCAGACAACGCCGGAGCAACGAAUUCUAGGCGGAGUGAUGCGCUGCUCGCCGGCGCGGCGGCGUCUACGGAACGGCCUGUCUCUGCCAUCCCAUCCAACAGCGAAAAUCUGCAGGAGACGGUGUACAACAGUUCGCAGUCACGCUCGCAAUCGGCCACCGCGUCGCCCCCACUGUCGCCGGCCACUGCAGACGGCCUCAACGCAUCCCUUCCUGGGCCCGUCGACAAAGCGAAGGGCAAAGUCCUCGACCGCUCUAGGCCUACUGGCCAACAGCAACGCAGCAGCCGCGCUGAGAGUCAGGUGCAGUUUCACAGCCCCGUCCCUAGGACGCGCUCGGUACCGCGAGAGAGCUCGCUCAGGUUUCCUUCCCACCCCUGGCCAGUCAUUCCUGACCGCAACAUGCAGGUCGAUGGCGACAGGGCACGCGAGACGCCCGGCGGUGUUUCAGGGAUCUCAUAUCCGCAUGCCCCGCCGCCAAUGUCGACGCUCAAUCUCUCUGGGGAUAUCUUCCUCGCAAAUCAUGUGGAACGAGCCCUCUGCCACGAGUUACGGGACGUCAGCAAUCAUCAUCGCGACUGGAUUUUAGGGAGGCAUCGCGAGAUUAUGCAGGCCCUUCGCGAGUUGCAGACUGUGGUCCAGGCGCAAGGUUUGGGUUACCCAGCUCCCAACUCUACCGUUGGACACCGCGGCCCUGGUACCGCCGUCUUCGUCAACAGCUCCAACGCGCCCCCGGCAAUCGCCGCUUCACAAGGCGGACAACGGCGCCAGGAUGCCGACCACAAUCUCACGGAUGGGGCGCGUUUGCAUACUGUCGGGCUUUCGGAAGAUCGUUUGAAGGGCAUACUGGCAAGCUCCUUAGCGCCCUUUCACGACAUGGCUGGGAACGUUCAAGAUCUCACCCGGCAUUUCGCGGAACUUGAGCCCAUUGCUGGCCGCGUGAAUGAGAUGUCUGGGCGUGUGGACUCGAUCUCAGGGCAUGUGGCCGCUAUGGGCACCGACAUGCAGUCGCUGGUUGCACGGGUGCAGCGCCUCGAAGAUGUUGGCCCUCUCGCGCGCAAUCUGCGCGUCUUCAACGAACAUCAGGAUCGAAUGGGCGAAGCGCCUGCACCAAUCCUGAUUCUGCGCUAG